AAAUUUUUGUUUAUGUUUGUGUAUGUUUUGGCUCGUUGUCGAGGAAGCCAUACACUUUGAAACCACCUUCUUCGGCUUGUUGGGCUAAACAGUGGACAACGCUAUGAAUAGCCACCCACGACUGACACCUUGGAAGAGCUCGGAUGAGGUUGUAUACCUGAAGGGUCUGUUUUUCCCGGCGGAUAGAGAACAGAUCUCGAGAGAUGAGCUCUAUCGUCAGUACGAGGAAGCCAUAUCGCUGGUGGAGAUGUAUUCCUCAAGAACGAGGGUCUCACAUAUCCUGCAGUCGACCGCACAUCUGUUCUCUGCGCUGAUGAUGCUUGAGAGCUUUGAAGGUGGGCUGGAUGAUACCGUCAGACUGACGGCGUCGAUGACCAUCAUUCGAUUUGUCAAUGGGCUCUUGGACCCAAAUCAACAGAGUCAAUUUGCAAUACCUCUACACCUGCUAGCUAAGAAGAUUGGCCUGCCGAGCCUGUUUGUUGAAUUUAGACACAGCGCUACACACGAUGCGCUACCGUCUUUGGAAAUGUGUAAGACGUGUGUUGAUCGGGCGAUUGAUUGGGUAUGGGACCACUACUGGGAUGGGGUCUUGUCGAUCGUCGAACCUCAGGUUGAAACGGAUGAUCUUGAGGAAUCACUCAUUAAGGAGCUGAAGGACCUGUUCAAACAGUAUAGGAGAAUAAGGAGACAGAACAUCACCAAAUUGUACAAAUUUGGUGAUUCCACUCCUGAAGGAAAGGAAUAUUGGACUUGUAUCGCAGGUAUAAAGGACCAUGCAGAUAUGGCUAACUUCUACAACGUUAUGAUUGAACGAAUCGUGAGCAACAAGCUGAAAUGGGAACAUCUGCGAGCUCUGUUCGAACCAAUGAUGAACCAUUUCAUCCAUCUUAAGGGAUGGGAUUUCCCUCUUGGGUUGAUCGAUUCAAUGCUCUCAAAGAACUACGAAUAUUCUAAAUUCCGUGGUAUUGAUGAUACCGAGAGAGCAUACCUCAAUGACCAGGAGUUCAAAUGCGCACAGAAAUGGAUAAGAUGGUUGGCUAUCGAACAGAUAGAUCGCUAUGAUGAUGUCUUGAUUUCAAAAAUGAUUGACACACUGGGGAAGACUAACCACGAGUUGAACGUUGAACUUCUUGAGAAACUACAGUCGAGGUUCAGCGCAGAUCCUGUAAUCAAGGACAAGAUCCAGGCAAAGCUCACAUUGAUUCAAAGGCUUUCAACAGACACCAAAACCAAGAGGAUGAACAAUCUCGAAGAUAUAAUGUCCGAUCUUGAAAGCCUAAAGAAGCGAGCAAAAGUGACGCCUACGCUUCAUAUCAAGAGUUUUGAAUCGCACCCUAAUUGGACACCCAAACCGUUUGGAGUUAUAUAGACAUCUACAUAUAUUAAUUGGAGGAUGGAAC